AUGAAUGUGCGUGCGCUGGAGGCUGAGCUGAGGCGCCGCCUGGACGAGCAGGGCCUCGCGGACGUCAACCCCAGGGUGGUCGUCGUGACGCGCCUGAUCCCCGAGGCGUGCGGCACAACCUGCAACGAGCGCGUGGAGCGCAUCCACAGCACAGAGGGCGCCUACAUCCUGCGCAUACCCUUUAGGGACCCCAACACGGGCCAGGUGCUGCGCAAGUGGGUGAGCCGCUUUGACCUGUGGCCCUACGUGGAGCGCUUUGCCCUGGACUGCGAGAGGGAGCUCAGGGCAGAGCUGGGGGGCAAGCCGGACCUUAUCAUUGGCAACUACAGCGACGGCAACCUGGUGGCGUCCCUGCUGGCGCACCGCAUGUUCGUCACCCAGUGCAACAUUGCCCACGCCCUGGAGAAGACCAAGUACCAAGAUGCCGACAUCAAGUGGGCGGACCUGGACCCCACCUACCACUUCAGCUGCCAGUUCCUGGCUGACCUGGUGGCCAUGAACCACGCAGACUUCAUCAUCACAUCGACCUACCAGGAGAUUGCAGGUAACGAGACCCUGGUGGGUCAGUACGAGAGCAUGAAGGCCUUCACGAUGCCCAAGCUGUUCAGGGUGGUCGAGGGGAUUGACAUCUACGACACCAAGUUCAACAUCGUGUCCCCAGGGGCGGACCCCGACAUCUACUUCCCCUUCUCAGAGGCUGAGAGGAGGCUCACGUCACUGCACGGCGACAUGCGGGAGCUGCUCUUCGGCUCCGGCGAGGCCCCCACCGCGGUGUCGACCCUGGACGACCCCUCCAAGCCGCUGCUCUUCAGCAUGGCGCGCCUGGACCGCGUGAAGAACCUCACAGGGCUCGUGGAGUGGUACGCCCACAGCGAGCGGCUGCGCAACGUGUGCAACCUGGUGAUCGUGGGCGGCGUCAUAGACGCCUGCCAUACGGGCGACAGGGAGGAGGCUGCUGAGUGUGAGAAGAUGCACCGCCUCAUCAAGGAGCACAACCUCAGGGGCAGCCUGCGCUGGGUGGUGGCCCAGAAGAACCGCGUGCGCAACGGGGAGCUGUACCGCUUCAUAGCAGACACCAGGGGCGCAUUUGUGCAGCCUGCGCUGUACGAGGCCUUCGGCCUCACUGUGGUGGAGGCUAUGACCUGCGGGCUGCCCACGUUCGCCACCGCCCACGGCGGCCCCAGCGAGAUCAUCCGCCACGGCCGCAGCGGCUUCCACAUCGACCCGUACCACGGGGAGCAGGCCGCGAACCUGAUGGCGGACUUCUUCGAGCGCUGCGCCGCCGACCCCUCGGCGUGGGACCGCGUGUCACAGGAGGGCCUGGCGCGCAUCAGGGCGCACUACACCUGGGAGAUCUACGCCAACAGGCUGCUCACGCUCAGCAGUGUGUACAGGUGA